CAGGCAGGUGGUUUUCCAAAGAUGGCGGACUAAGUGAUGUUACAGAUCAGAUGAUUUUUUAAUAUUAUAAACAAUGCUUUCGCUGUGGCAUGCGCAGCUUUUAGAGGUGAUAGUGAAGAUGUGACUGCUCUAUAACCAUGAGGGUGUUCAGAUGUAGGCGGUCAGUGAGCCGUAAACUGGUGGUCAGUCUGGUCAUCUUGGCUGUUGUCACGCUGGCCGUGGUCAAAAUACGGAGCAUUCUGAAGAAGAUGCUCUGUUCUGAAGAGGAAUCCAGGCUCAUGAUAAAAGAACUGUGCAAGCUUUAUAAAACCCAGAAUGCAGCAGGAAACAUCUGCCCAGACUUAUGUGAGACUUACACACUGAAAUAUGUCAGCUGCACAAACUAUAGGGAGGGGAAGAAGAUUCUCAUUAUGAACUGGAAAGGGAAAAAGGCAGUCCUUAAAAGUAAAUAUGCCUUUAAACAUGACUAUGAUGGCCUCUUGUUUGGUGAGGAUGUUAACAAGGACCUGGAUCUUCCUGUCAGCGAGUUUCUCAAGAUGGCCCAGGAGAGCAUCGUGUACAACAUUGGUCACAAAAUGGAAAGAAACCUGCAAAUGCUGACAGAUGUUUGGUCUUUAGAUUUUAAAGAUUACAUCAACGUGCCAAAAUCAUCUCACCGCCAUCCAAAGAAAACUGCAAUGGAGGAUCUGUGGGCUCUAAUCCAACAACAAGAGUACCUCUUCAUGAAAAUUUUCCAGGACAAAUCGAAACACAUUCCACGCAUAUACGGCACAUGCGGCCAUGCCUACCUGAUGGAGCACACGCCCCCUGGUGAGUUUUUAGAUAAUGAUGUGCCAAGGGUGCCUAUGGCUAAGAAAGAAACUUGGAAAAAGAGGGCAAAAAUAGCUCUUGGUCUUCUUGAUCUCUUGCAGUCAUUCCAGAAUGAUCUUCCAGAGGAGUUUAACAUGUGUGAUAUCAAAGGAGAAAAUUUUGGCCUUGCUGAAGAUGAGACCGUAAAAGCAAUUGAUGUUGAUAUGGCAUUUCUUGACUCCAAGCUUGGAAUGGAGCUGCUGUCGGUUGGGAACUGUACAGCACACAAAGACUGUGAUUUCUUUGACUGUAAAGGCUGGUGUGAUCUCUCUGAAGGCCAGUGCACAAGGAAUAGGAUUAAUAACAAUCUACAGGCUGUUUGCAAGGAUAUCUUCCUGAGUGGACUGGACAACAUAUGGCACGGCUUGCUCAGCUCUCCACCUCUGUCUAUAGAACAGGCCCUGCUGGAAGAAAUAGAGGAGUGUGCAAACCCUGGGAAUAUCCAACACCCUGACAUCAGAUACAAGGCAUCUGGUCAGUCUCUGCAGAAAAUAAGGACUUUAAUCAUGAAAACCCUUGGGUAGUCAGCAAUAUUUGUAAGUGCAAAUCUGGAACUGAUUCCAGGGUGCAAUGUAUUGACGAAGAUGGAGAUAGUGCCAGACUACUUAAUUUGAUAAAUUGGCAAAAAAAUCUUGUAGAGAAGUGUUUUAUAUUGAGAGAAUUGGUUAUUGUUUAUUAAAUGAUGAUCCAAGAACAGAACUGAAUAUUUGACAGCUUUUUGCUGCUUAGUUUUACAAAAUACCAAUGAGAACCGGCAGGUUCAAUCUGGAAGAAUUUUUUUUCAGGUUAAAAUAUGACAUGUGCUGUUCACAAGAUUUAAAUUGAGUGCCAUAUAACCUGUGGUUUAAAUUUGAAUUAAGGGAGUAAAGAUCAGAUAGGUGCUUAUAUGUAUUUUCAGUGAUUGCAGAAUUGCAUAAAAUGCUUCAAGAUUUUAAUUUUUUUUAAUGUGCAAUUACUCUAUGGACAUUUAUGUGCAAACUGAUGAACCUAAAAUUUGAAAUGUGAUUAAUGUUUGUAUAUUGUUUUUCUUAAGGGAAUAUAGACAUUGUGUAUAUAUGUGAAUAUACAAUUAGGCUAGACCUUAAAAACCUCUAUGCAACCCAAUUUUAUACCAGUAUUUGCCAGAUAUGCAAGUAGGACAGUAUUUUUAUUACUCUUUUACAUGUACAUAAUUUUAGAUGUUUUAAUCAUUCUGAAUUUUACCAAGUCAUUUAUGUGAAAUUCCCUAUAACCAAAUGAUGAAUUUGAGGAAAAUUUCCUGAAAGGUUGUUCUAUGUGAUUCAGCAGCCUACAUGUAGCUUCAUGUACCAGAAUUAUGCAACUUCCAUAUUUUAACAUUGUAACUGUACAUUUAUAUGAAUGCAGAAAUAAAUAAACCACGCUAAGUGUCUUUAAA